AUGGAGGCGGGCGAAGGGCACACCGCCGCCAGUGCGAAGCUGUCGAAGGAGCAGGAGGAGAGACUUGUCGUGCGCCUCCACGACCAGUCGAUCGAGCACCGGAAGGAGGCGCUGCGGGUGCUGGAUGCCCGCUUCUACCCCGUUGCCCCGCCGAAGCGAAUGGCGAAGGAGGUGAUUGAAAGCAGCGUCACGCGGCAAGUGGACCAGGAGAUGGCGAAGCGAAAGGCGGCACGUGAGGAACUGGAGGUGCGUGUGAAGGGCGAGACGACGACGAGCAAAAUAAGCGCCGAUGCUGUGCAGGAGAGCGCAGAGCGGCUUUACACUGAGUCAAUCGCUCGCAAAGAGGCGAAUAUGGCGGAGAGCAGGAAACGAUACCUCUACACCGCCCCAGAGGUGGUUCGGAAGGCGUCAGAGAUACAGGAGUACGUUGCGCGUCUCGCGGUGCCCCGAAAGCGAGAUUUCACAGUAGAGGAAAUCAACAAAAUCUACGGUCUUACCGAAUAA